UACGUGUCGUCGGUAGAUGAAGGUCUUUCACGUGGACAAGUCGUUUCGAAGGUAGCGACAUCAUCCAGAGAUUCUCGUAUCACCUACAGUAUUGUUGAAGGAAACACAGACAGCGCUUUUGAGAUCGACAAUGAUGGCGUUGUUCGAACAUCGCAAGAAUUAGACUAUGAGAUCAAAGAUCACUACGACUUGAAGAUAAUCGCCACUGGACCUUUUCCCAAUCAGAUCAGCACAAAAAUGAUGGUGGAAGCACUCCCAGUUGGUUCCUACAUUACGACACUAAGCGCGAAUGAUGCUGAUAAUCAAGGCAUUUUGGAAUACAGUUUGGAUCCCAAGGAAGAACGAUUCAUCGUUGACCGGUUUACUGGUGUAGUUCAUUUGGCGACAAGUCUAGAUUUUGAGACUGUAGAAGAGAUCAGUCUAGAAGUAAAGGUUAGUGAUGGAAACUUCACCGCGGCAAGCACGUUUGUUCUCGUAGUCAUGGAUGUCAAUGACAAUGCUCCAGAGUUCCAACAGCGUUUCGUCGAUAUUAAGGUCCCCCCAUCUACUGGCACAGAUGAAGUGAUCGCCAAGUUGCUGGCUUUGGAUCGCGAUUCCGGGGAUAAUGGAAAGAUUUCCUAUGCCCUUGCGGAGUCUUAUGGAACGUUCCACUUGGAUAGCAAUGAUGGAACCCUUACACUAACCUCACCUCUAUCUGCUAACGCUGAAUUUCUACUUACCGUAACAGCUAGUGAUCACGGAGUUCCGCCACUAUCCACAUCCAUACCGGUGAGGGUAAGAGUUAACAACGAAGAAGCUCAGCAGCGUCCGCAGUUCCCGAACACUUUUUACGAUUUCCUCGUGUCGGAGUCGUGGGUCCCUCAUAUCGCAUUUGGCAAUAUUUCCAUUGGAAAUGAACCGUACUUCUACCGUAUCAUGGAUUCAAAGGCGUCGGAAGUUUUCGAUAUCGAUCACUUUGGUCGAAUUUCUCUGAAGAUUGCUCUAGACAGGGAGAAAAUAGAUCAAUAUAGCUUCACUGUUGAUGUGGGCUCACAUCCAAUCACAUUUCACCAAAAUUCGACUGCUACUGUAAAUGUGCGUGUAACCGACACCAAUGACAACCCACCUGUGUUCAGCCAUUCGAGCUUAGAAGUGACCCUCAAAGAUGGAUUAAAGAGCGGUGAAGUGCUGCAGAGGCUU